AUGAGCUUUCCCAUCGCCGCGAUAUCGGGCGGUGACCAGCCCCCCAAGAAGGUGAUAUUCGGAGCUUCUUACGCCAGGGGCUCGUACGACGACGACAGGUCGGUGACUCUCCUUCACUACCCGGCGGAGAACACGGAGGAGACGGUGUUCGUCUUCCGGCUGACGGAGGACGCGUCGGGGGUCGACGUCCUGAGGGAGGAGCUCACGCUUCGCACGAGCGAUGCCGGCAUGGAGACGUCCCUCUCCGAGAGCGCGCCCGCAGAGUGGAUCACAACCCUACCGAUCCUUGAGUCCAACGGGGUUUCGGUCAUGGCCAGCGCAGAAAACCUGCUCACGAACGGGUUCUACGUGACUGACAUACAGCCGGCCAAACUCGCGGACAUGCGGCUUAAGCUCAGCGAGACAAGAGCUUACCAGAAGAACGCCGGUCUCACCGUCGAGUACCAACUCGUCACGGACCCACGUGUGUAA